AUGUAUAGAAAAACGAUCGCAUUGACAAGAUUGACCAUGUCGUUGAUUUGGCGAUCAUUACCUUCAUCAUCAUAUCCUUUCCCUGAUCAACGACCAUUCAUCUUGUAUAUAGGAAAAAAAGCGAACAUGUUUUCUCAAUCAAAAGACAGAAUACCAAUCGGUCCGAUUAGUCAACUCAUGUCAGCUGUUUCUCCAAUUCCUGGACUUAAAUUUAUCAUGUCUAUCUACAAUAUUAUACCAUUUGAUUUAAUUGAAAGUAUUCCUGAUUUUGAAACAAGUACAUAUGUUCAACUUGUUUUUGCAUUAACAAUUCCGAAUAUUUACGUGUAUUCAGUUACUUUUGCUUCGGGAUUUAUUCAUUCGAUCAAAUUAAUCGAACAUUACCACGAAGAAAUGUGCCGUUGUAUUUCUUUUUCGAAUUUCGAUGAUAGCUCACUUGUUCGAAACAAUGUUCAUGAUUUGAAAAUUAGAUCGAGAUUGAAUCGAACAUUGAAAAAAGUUGCUCUGGAAUAUGGAGGAUUAUCGUAUCGAAUAGCUCGAGCAGAACAUAUUCAUAAAGAAUGUAUGAAAAAAGAUAUGUCUGGUAUUCUUUGUCGUCUAUGGCCGAGUUUAAUUUAUGCAUCGACUGCCACAGGAAGUACUUUUGCAAUGUAUAGAAAAGAAGUUGAAUUUUAUUGUGGAAGACAAUUACCUAUUAUUAACCUUGGAUUCUACGCUUCAAGUGAAGGAUUUUUUGGUUGUCUAGCUAGUAUUAAUACCGACGAAUAUUUCCUACUUCCAAAUAUUGCAUUUUACGAAUUUAUCAAAGAAGAAGACAUUCAUCAGGCUCAACCAAAGACACUUCUUAUUUCAGAUAUUGAACCAGGAAAUCGAUAUGAAUUAGUAUGCACCACUGAAGAUGGACUCGUCCGAUAUCGCAUGGGAGAUGUAGUCACUUGUACACGAUUUCUUUGUCGAUCCGAUGAUUUGGUUCCAUUACCCAUCGAUCAAGAAGAAAUUCCUCGGAUUCCACUUUUUUCAAUAGCAUAUCGCAUUGGUAGUUUAUUGAAUGCAUUUGGAGAAAAAACAAGUGAACAGCAUCUCAUGGAUGCUCUUCAACGGACAUCUCAACAAUGGAAAGAACAAGGAAUUCCUCUAGAUGUUUAUGAUUUUACCAGUUAUCCGAAAUUAGAUGUAUUUCCUCCACAUUAUGUCCUGUUUUUAGAAUUGAUUGAAGAACAAAAUUCUAAGCAAGGAUAUAAGAUUAGUGAGGAAAAGCUUCAACUUCUUCAAAACAUGGUCGAUUCGGAAAUUGAACGACAACUUUGUCAAACAAAUUUCUUUUAUGACAAUAUUCGAAAAGGUAGCAAACUAGGUCCACUAGUCUGUAUUCUUGUUCGAAAUGGAACAUUUUCCACUUUCCUAACAAAUGUAUUGGUCACUGAUUGGGUUAGUCCGACACAAAUCAAGCCACACCGAUUAUUGAAGAAUGAAAAUCAUAUUCAAUAUUUUUAUGCCAAUCAAAUUAACAUAUCAUCCUAUUGA